AUGGAUAAUGAUCACCGAACGGUGAGAUGUGGCUAUUUUGACCGGUGGCUAUCUACUAUGGACCCGUAUCGUCGUCAAGUUGGCGCCAUUUCUCGUAUCAUACGUUUUUUGAUUGGUGAUGAAAUUUGGACACGGCAUCAUUUCGUUGUUUUUUUGUUUACAUUUAUAAGUUAUGCAUUGGUGCAUGCUUCACGUAAAACGUUAAGCACGGUAAAACAUUCUCUUAUCAUCGAGUGGACUGGUAACAGUACCGGUGAGCAACCAUUAUUUCCUGAUAAGCAUGCAGCGGAAGGGUUCUUAGCAUUCCUCGAUGGUGCAUUCCUCGGCGCAUAUGCUUUGGGUCUUUAUGCAGGUGGCACAUUGGGAGACCGUUAUAAUCCGAAAAAAGUACUUGCUUUUAGCAUGUGGACAUCAUCCUUUACCGUGUUUUUGUUUGGAAUACUGAAAUGGUCGUUGUUUCGUUCGCCGAUACAUUACGCCGCAACAUGGAUUGCAUGUGGUUUAUUUCAGUCUCUUGCUUGGCCUACCGAAAUCUCGAUUAUGGGUAAUUGGUUCGGGCAUAACAGUCGGGGUGCUGUCAUGGGACUUUGGUCAGCAUGCGCUUCAGUUGGAAAUAUAAUGGGUACAUUAGUUUCAUCUCACACCAUACAGUUAGGAUACGAGUAUUCGUUUGCUGCAAAUGCAUGUUCGCUUUUUCUCGGCGGAUUUUUCAUCUUUCAUCUUUUACCAUCACGAACUAGACAUGAGCGUGACUUAGUAGUUUCUGUUGUGGAUAAUGUGGAGCGACCAAAGGCAAUCAGUUUUUGGCAAGCUUGGCGUCUUCCAGGUGUGAUUGCGUACUCUUUGGCAUACGCGUGCCUCAAGUUAGUUAAUUAUUCGUUUUUCUUCUGGUUACCCUUCUAUCUGCAUGCUCAUUACGGAUGGAAAGAAUCUGUUGCUGAUGAACUAUCAGCGUGGUACGAUAUAGGUGGUAUCAUUGCUGCAGUUAUUGCUGGCAUUACUUCUGAUCAUUUCUCGUCACGUACUCCAAUUUUGGUAUGCAUGCUGGUUUUUUCAAUGGGCUCCUUGUUUGCUUAUGCUAAUUCACCAGGCAAUGUUUUGAUAAAUUCAUUCUUAAUGGCAUUAACGGGGUUUUUUAUCGGUGGACCAGCCAAUCUAAUAUCGUCUGCUGUUUCCGCCGAUCUUGCGAACGCCGAGCAAAUUAGAGGAUCCUCGGAAGCAUUGAGUACGGUUACAGGUAUCAUUGAUGGCUCUGGUAGUGUUGGUGCAGGGAUUGGUCAACUUCUUAUUCCAGAAAUUGAAACUGUGUUUGGUUGGACAGCUGUCUUUUACGGUUUUAUUAUUAUGAUGCUGUGUACAAUCUUUUGUUUGACGCCACUACUGUGGAAAGAAAUGGCCAACAAACUCAAUCCUCAUUAUGUACAUCUACAUUCCGAGGGCAGUAAUGACUCGCUGGGAUCGUGUUCCAAUAGUACAACUGAUUCAACUGUGGAUAGUGCACAGCUACCGGUGAGAGCCAGGCAUCGGAAUUCACCAGAUUAA